AUCCGCAGCAGGAUCUCGAGCGGGUGUCCGACAGCAGGAGCAGCUCAUCUUUUGGAUGAUUCAGUCGACUGUCAGGUGCUAGACGCGUUACACCGACUCCGCCCCUCCGGCUUCGGCGCCGUUUCCGGUUCCCUAUAAUUCUUUCCCUCGCGGUCUGUUGUCAAUGUCAGUGAGAUUGAAGGGAGGGAAAUAUGAAUCCGUCAAAGUGGAAUUUUGUUUCCGUGGUGAUGUUCUCGUUAAUCUCUACGGUCAUCCUGGACGACACGCCAGGCUCCGGGCAGCAACAACAGAAGCACCAAGCUCCGAUAGCUCCGACGGCGGGCCAAUCGACUAACGUGCCACCCUACUGGGACCAUCUACUCCGCGAGUCCGUGUUAAAGACGAUCUCGCCGCCGCCCUCCUCUAACAUCAACCUGUACAAACGCUUGUUGGAUGCGCCGUUUUACGGCGGUCCAUUUCCGGUACUGUCGAACGACACCGACCGCGUCGUGCUGUCGCGUGGGGACGUUUAUUAUCUGCCAAACAGCAACUGGAUCCUUUGCCAGGAGGGAUGCGUCAAUUGCGAAGUGUGUGCGGACCACACACAUCCGGUGCUGAAGUGGGUCCUCCGACGAGUCAAGAGGCGACCAUGGCACGGCCAGCCGCGACAGGACUUUCAGCUAACGCUAAUCCCUCAGAAGGACGGUAGUUAUCUCAUGAAGAAUCUUUGGCCGCGAUCUUUUGUCUACGUGACCACCCCAGCUGAUCAGAUCGCUUAUUUGAACGGUAGAAUCGGUCAUCAUCUUGAUACUCAUCAAGAGAACCUUGAAAACAGUUUCACUGGACAACAUCGGAAGUCUACCAACUUCUGGAGAUUCGUCGAGAGGAACUCGGCCAACGAGCGACCCGUAAACGGAGAACAGAGCAAAGCGACCGAAGCCUCGGUAUCUUUGGGUAACUCUAGGAGAAGCCAAGGCGCUACACCUACGCUCGAAAAUACUACGCAGAGCGGUGUGUCGAAUUCUGAGAGGACCACUCGUGUGAAACCCUCUGAUGUAUCUAUGGAGAACAGUUCCACGAUAAGCGAGAGCGGAAGGGAUCGAUUGGGACAAUUGCUCCCGAAACUGAUCCUCGGGACCGAUCAACUCGGACAGAAACACUUGGUGCACGUGGUGCCCGCUGAUGCACCGGGCAAUGUAAGCUUGACGAAUGUUUUGGCGCGCGGCGCUUUGAAUGCCACCGGUCUCGGUCAGCACCGGAAUAAGACCACUUAUCAAAGGAUCCUGCGGAGGAUCUACGAUUCGCUGAGCAGCAACAGGCGAUCUAUAGAGAGCUUCCUGGAACCUCCGCCGCGGACAGAAGGCCAUUACGUUGAAGAUCAUCAGCUGCAGGAAACGAGAAAUGUUCUUAAGGGAUUAAAACAGUUAAAUAGAUUACAUCGAAAUAAUAAUGAGAGAUCUAGGAAUGGAACUGUGGACCGAGGGUGGCCUCAUGUUUUGAAUUGGAAAAGACAAAGAAGAACGUCAGAAAUAGGCACGAGUGCAUUAAUAAGUAGUGAGAUUGAUGUCAAUCGUACGUUGAAUAAUAGUCAUAAUUUAGAUUCGAAAGUACAGAGUAAUAUGAUGAAUGUUACAUUUAAUGGGGAUAGCAAUAAGAACGGGAAUAACUUUGAACAUUUUAAUCCCAACGUAAUUAAUCGGUAUUAUUAUAGCAGAAAUGUAAGUGAUCAUAAUCUGAGAACGAAUAGUGAUUCUGGCACAAGACAGGAAACACAAUUUGUGCCAAGUAAGUUUAAAAUAAUAAUUACCACCGAGUCGAUCAUGAAAUCAAUGAAGAAUUCAGAGCUAAUUACAAAUUUUUGGAAGAGUGUUGGACGAGACAGUGAUCAAUUAAAUUACAAUGGUACAAGUAUGCAGGAAGGUCCAUUGCUCAUUAGUUUAAUAAAUAAAUCUCAACAAUUUUAAUUAAAUUCGAGGAAAUUUGUAUAUUGAAGGAUCAUAAUUAAUCCCUAAUGCAAAGUGGUAAAUUAAAAGCAGCAUGUAUAUAAUGCAGUAACAAAGUAGGGCGAGAUCGCAUGGUAAUUAAAUAUAACUUUGCUUUUAAACUGUGCAGCCGCUAAUUGCAACGUGACACUCAAGCGUAAAACAUUUGAUGAAACUGCAGAUCUCUAUGUUACAUAAAUACAUUGAUUAACAUAAUGUUACAUUGUUAUCCCUCUGAACAAUAUAAAGUUCAUUUUUACCUUUUUUCUAUUAUCAAAUUACGAAUUACGUGUACAAAAAUUUAAUACAAUUUAAUACAUAAAUUAAUACAAAAGGUUUAAAACAGUUUCAAUUUGUUCUUUCACUGAAAAGAUUAAUGAAAGAGUCAUUUUUUAUAUUAAUCUGAAAUUCAUAUUAAUAUUAUAUAAAUAUUGAAUAAUAAUUUUCAAUUAAAGCAUGACAAAAAUUCGUAACUCUUAAUAUAUCUUUUUUCGAAAUUGAUAUUUUGAAAAACCGUUUAGAUAGUUAAAUUUGUUAUAAAAAGACACUUAACUUUUGCUUGAAAAAUUUGUUUCUAAGUGAAUAAUUUUCAAGACACUGAGAAGAAUAUGAUUCACUUCACAUUCACAUUCACAUUUUAUCCCCAUGUUUGGGGGCUAUUUUCACCUCAUAAAUAUAAACUAUUGCAGAUAAAAAGAAUACGUGUCAAAUAAUUUUUUAUAAAUUAUAUACUGUGUAAAUUUGAUUAAAAUCAGUGUGACACUUGGAUAAUGUUCUUUGUUACCAUAUUUUGAUGCUGUAUGUAAUAUUAUAUGUACAACAAUAUACGUUGUUGAUGUUAUGUAUUUGAAGCUUGUGCUAUGAAUAGUAACUCUUUCCAUGAAUGCCGGUAACAGAAGAAUUAAUUUUAAAUUUAAUUUUGUAUCCAUUAUUCUAUUACAUACAAAUUGUUCACAUUGUGAACGCACAAAACCCGCAGACCAAUCGCGCAAUAAAACGAACUAAUAGUGCCGACCCUAGGCGACGCACUUAACACCGUAAGCCCGCGAGUAGCUCCAUCGCCAGCACCGCUAAGAGGAUCGACCAGCCUUAAUCAGGUCUGGCGCGAUCGUUUAAAACGAUUAUAACCCUUCCUCCUCUCGCCCUUGGUGUCACGAACCGUCGCAACAGUCUCACGCAUUACUUAGCGGCUCGGGAGGGCGGCUAUGCGUCCCUCCGUGUGUGACCUUCGCGAGUCUGUUCAGCUCCUCUCAGUAAUUGCGUGCCAAUGGAAGGGGUAGGGGAACGAUACACAUACACCGGGUGUACCAGAUAUCGUGAUUCAAUCGAAACAUAAUAAUUCUUCGCGCAAAAAUAUAUUCAAAACAUAUAUGGUUAGUUACGCGUUGAAAUGGCCAAUAAGGGAUGUAUAAAACUUUCUCCUCGCGAGGGUGUACUAUCAAAAGGGUUGAAGAAUUGAGUAUUUUUAAAAAUUUUAGCAGAGAACUAGGAUCUGUGAAAUUUCUACUUAUGGCCAACACCUUUCUCAAUAAAAACAGACUUUUUAUAUAUUAAGAAACAUUGUAUAUCAGUU